GGUGCUCCCGGCCAAGGCGGCGCCGAGCGGAUGCCGGCGGGGCAGCGGCCGAACCCAACCAGCCGCUACCAAGCCCAGCCCAGCCCAGCCCAGCCGAGCCGAGCCGACCCGAGCCGGGCAACGGCGGCGAGCGGCGCCCCGUGCCAGCGGCUGCCGGGCCAGGGCGGCCGCGCUCCGUGCCGCCAUCCGGAGUCGGCGAGAGGGAGGCCGCCCGACCGCCGCCCCGCCGCGCUGCUGCCGGGCGCCGCUCUCCGCGGAGGAGUGCGCGGGCGAUCCGCGAGACGGAGGCUGUCCGCCGGCCCGACAUGGCGAUCGCAAGGCAAGUGCUUUGUCUCUGUGCUUUCCUCUCCCUGACGCUCGCUCGCUCCGAGCCCAUCCGCUACUCCGUAGCCGAGGAGGCGGCGAGCGGCUCCGUGGUAGCCAACGUGGCGGAGGACGCGGGGCUGUCCCCGGCGCAGCUGGCGGCUCGCGGCGCCCGCCUGGCCUCGGAGGACGGCCGGCAGCACUUUCGCUUAGACCCCGCCACCGGCAGGCUCGUCGUGGCCGAGAGGCUGGACCGGGAGGAGCUGUGCGGCCAGUCCGCUACGUGCACGCUCCCCUUCGAGCUCCUGCUGGCAAACCCGCUGCAGUUCUUUCGGGUGGAGGUGGCCGUGGAGGACAUCAAUGACCAUUCCCCCAUUUUCCCGGAGGAAAGAGUCAUUUUUAAGAUCUUGGAAACGAGCAACCCUGGCUCGCGUUUCCCUCUGGAGGGUGCUCGGGACCUUGAUGUUGGCAGCAACAGCAUCCAGGCUUACAGCAUUUCUCCCGAGAACGAGUACUUCAGUGUCUCCUUUGCAAGUCAGAGGGAGGAGAACAAAUAUGUUGAACUGGUCUUGGAGAAGGCUCUAGACAGAGAGGAGGAAGGAGAGGUGGUUUUCAGUCUCAUUGCCAUGGAUGGGGGCUCUCCUCCCAGGAGUGGGACCACACACAUCCACAUUGUUGUUCUAGAUGUAAAUGACAACUCUCCUGUCUUUACACAGAAGCUCUAUAUUGGGCAGAUUUUGGAAAAUGCCCCUGUGGGCUCUGUUGUUCUCAGAGUGGUGGCAACUGAUCAGGAUGUGGGAGUUAACGGGGACAUCACCUAUCAGUUCAGCCAAGUAGUGGGCCAAAGCAACUCAGCAUUCAUGAUCGACCCUACUAGUGGUGAAAUUAAACUCACGAAGCCUCUAGACUUUGAGGUGGCAGAGAAUCAUGAGCUCAGUGUGCGGGCCACGGAUGGCGGUGGCCUGUCAGCUAUCUGCAAGGUGUUGGUGGAGGUGGUGGAUGUGAACGACAAUGCACCUGAGCUAGUGGUGAAUUCCUUCAACAGCCCCAUCCCCGAGAACGCAUUGCCUGGAACAGUGGUUGCCCUCUUUACUGUCAGGGACCGGGAUUCUGGUGCGAAUGGGAAGAUCUCCUGUGCCCUUGAGGAUCAGCUAUUGUUCUCCCUGCGUCUGGCCUAUAAGAACUACUAUGAGCUUGUCACCGUCAAUGCUCUGGAAAGGGAGGAGAUGGCAAGGCACAUCCUCAUUGUCACAGCAGCAGACGCAGGGUCACCUCCUCUCACAACCACCCAGACCUUCACGGUGGACAUCUCCGAUGUCAACGACAAUGCACCUGCCUUCAACCAGACAUCAUACACGAUGUAUGUGCAUGAGAACAAUGUCCCCAUGGUGCUUGUUGGAGCUGUCAGUGCUGCAGAUGCUGAUGUGGGGCCCAAUGCCAAGGUGUCAUAUUUCCUGGCACCAUCCCAUCCCACAGAGCAGCCUCCCUGCUCCUGCAUCUCCGUGAACUCUGAGAAUGGGCAUGUGUUUGUGCUGCGGCCUCUGGACUAUGAGCAGGUGAAGCAGAUUGAUGUCUUGGUGAGUGCCUCCGAUGCGGGAUCUCCUCCUCUCAGUGCCAACGUCACCGUCCACCUUGUUGUGGUGGAUGAGAAUGACAAUGCGCCUCUGGUGCUGUACCCAUCACAGGACAGCGGUCCACCAUCCAGCGAGCUGGUGCCUGUAUCAGCUGAGGCGGGGUACCUCAUCACCAAAGUGGUGGCUGUGGAUGCAGACUCGGGACAGAACUCGUGGCUCUCUUACCACCUGCUGAAGGCCACCGAGCCCGGGCUGUUUGUGGUUGGUGCCCAAAGCGGUGAGGUGCGGCUGAAGAGGCCAGUGACAGAGAGGGACGCUGUGAAGCAGAAGCUGGUUAUUGUGGUGCGAGACAAUGGGAAGCCACCAUUGUCAGCCACUGCUGCACUGAACGCCCUCCUGCUCAAUGACUUCUCAGAAGUGCGCCUACCGCACAGCAGCCUGGCCACGGAGGACGAGAGUGACUCCCUGACAACCUAUUUAAUCAUUUCCUUGACCUUUGUCUCACUCCUCUUCCUCGCAUCCAUGACAGCCUUCAUCACUCGCAAGGUGUGCAAGAGAAAGGAGCUGAAGGCAGGGCACGUGCUUUAUGGUGCUGGCAACUUGCAGAGCGACCUGGCUGAUGUGGCCACAGCGGGGACCUUGCCCCACGGCUAUUGCUAUGAGAUCAGCCUCACAACGGGCUCUGGCAACAGCGAGUUCAAGUUCCUGAAGCCCAUCCUCCCCAGCCUGCCACCACAGCAAUGCACCAGAGGUGGGGGCACCGAUGAAGAGCAGGAUUUCCCCCGUGGCCCCAUUACUGCAGAACACUUUGCACCAGACAACCCUGGGACCGUCUCUGCAGAACAGUUCAAUAAUCUUUCCUUUAACUAGCAUGGAGUCAGCACAUACAGAGGCUUCAUUCAUGCCUCACGGUAGGAAGGCAUCCCUGUUACAGCAUGUGGUAAUGAUUCCUCCAGAGUAAAUCUGCAUUUUUAUUUGGCAUCAAUGAUUUCCUUCAAAUUCUAUGUCAGAAGAAAGACUAUAACCCUCUCCAAAAUAGAAACACACAAAGAAAAGAACCUAAAGACUCCUUUAGUCAUGAAAGUAUAUUUCCACUCUGUUACAACCUCUUCCAAAAUGCUUUGAGAGGUACAGGUUCCCCAGCGUAGUUUUUGUGUCACUUACUGUCAGGCAAGCCCAUGGACCUCUUUCUCUGUGCUGUAACGCAAUUGCAAAGUCAUGAAGUGAAAUCACAUUGUCCUGGCUUUAGCUGGGGUAGAGUUAAUUUUCUUCGUAGUAGCUGGUAUAGUGCUGUGUUUUGGAUUUAGCAUGUUGAUAGCACACUGAUGUUUUUGUGGUUCCAAGGUAGUGCUUACAGUAAGUCGAGGACUUUUCAGCUUCUCAUACCCUGCCAGUGAGGAGCCUAGGGGUACAGAAGAAGUUGGGAUGGGGCACAGACAGGACAGCUGACCCAAGCAGGCCAAAGGGAUAUUCUAUACCAUAGGACGUCAUGCUCAGCAUAUGAAGUGGGGGCAGUUGGCCAGGGGGAGGCUUCGGCUCAGGAAGUGGCUGGUCAUCAGUCAGUUGGUAGUGAGUAAUUGUUUUUCAUUUGCAUGAUUUGUCUUUUCUUAGAGUUUUGUUAUCUUUUCCUCUCCCCCCCCCUUAUUAUUAUUUUAUAGUAAUAUUUUAUUUUAUUUCAAUUAUUAAGCUGUUCUCAUCUCAGACCACGAGUUUUGUCACUUUUACACUUCCAAUUCUCUCCCCCUUCCCACUGCAGGGGGAGGGGAGGAAGAGUGAUAGAGUCACUGUGUAGUGCUUGUCUGCUGGCUGAAGUCACACCACGACACACAUGCUUGCCGAAACGCACGUAGCCCUCUCCCUGCGUCAGCAAAGCAAGGAUGUUGUGAGUACAGUGUUACAAUAUGGUGCAAGCAAGGGGCUCUUUCUUCUCUGGGUGCUUGGCUCUGUAUAAGAUGUUUGGGGCCUGUGUGUUUUGUGUUCUGGUCACUAUGUCUGUCCAGACACCCGUUGUGAAUCUGCAUACUCUGCACUAGUGCUGCCCAGUGAUGCAGGGAGUUGCUCACAUCCAGCUGUUGUGAUGCACACAGUUCCAGCUCAUUGAGCAAGAGUGGUAUUUUUUCCCUUUGAGUACAGCAGUCUCAUCUUCUCUAGAGGGGAGCAGCAAAACACAGAAGAUCUUCCUUUGUCCCAUAAGAGGGUGGUGGGCGUUCUGUCUCCUUGGGAUUUCCAUGUAAGUAUAGCAGUUCUAACAGUGUUGGGAUGGAACAGAGUAGAAUAGAUUAGACUAGACUAGACUAGACUAGACUAGAUUUCAGCAGGAAGGCACCUGCAACGAUCAUCUAGUCUAACCGCCUGACUACUUCAGGGCUGACCAAAGUUAAAGCCUGUUGUUAAGGUCAUUGUUCAAGUGUCUCUUAAACACUGACAGCCAUGGGACAUUGACCCAUCAACUUUAUGAAGCCUCUUCCAGUGUAUGACCGCUCUCUCAAUAAAGAAAUGCUUCCUAAUGUCUGACCCUCCCCUGAUGGAGUUUGAACCAUUCCCAGGUGUCCUGUCGCUGGAUACAAGGGAGAAGAGAUGAGCACCUCCCUCUCUCAGCCAAGUUCUCCAAACUAGACAAACUCAAAUCCUUAGCUGCUCCUCGUAGGACUUCACUUCCAGCUUUGUCACCAGCUUUGUAGUAGAAAAACUACAUCCACAGCCUUCCCUUAAUCCAACAGUCAGGUGACCUUAUCGUAGGAGGACAUGGACCUGUUGGAGUGAGUCCAGAGGAGUCCACAAAGAUGAUCAGAGGGCUAGAGCACCUCUCCUAUGAAGACAGGCUGAGAGAGUUGGUGUUGUUCAGCCUGGAGAAGAGAAGGCUCUGGGGAGAGUUGAUUGUGGCCUUCUAGUACCUAAAAGGGGUCUAUAGGAAAGCUGGGGAGUGACUCUUUAUCAGGGAGUGAAGUGAUAGAGUGAGGGGUAAUGGUUUUAAACCAGAAGAGGGUAGAUUUAGAUUAUAUAUCAAGAAAAAAUUCUUUACUCUGAGGAUGGUGAGACUCUGGAACUGGCUGCCCAAGGAAGUAGUGUAUGCCCCGUCCCUGGAAGUAUUCAGUGCUGGCUUGUGUGGGGCUUUGAGCAACCUGGUCUAGUGGAAGGUGUCCCUGCCCAUGGCAGAGGGGUGGGAACUAGGUUAUUUUUAGGUCCCUUCCAACUCUAACCAUUCUAUCAUUCUAUUAUGUCAAAGCAGUUAAGCAGGACUUUCCCUUGGUGAACCCAUGAUGACUGCGCCUGAUGAUUGCAUUGUUCUUUCAAUGCCUUUCUUUCACUAGUACGCAGUUAUGAUCUUCUCUAUAGUUUUGCCAGGGUCUGAGGUUAGACUAACAGGUCAGUAGUUUCCUGGGUCUCCCCUCUUGCCCUUCUUGUAAAUUGGAAGAGCUUUGGCUGGCUUCCAGUCAGCAGGGACCCCUCCCCAGUCUCCCAAGGCCUUUGGCAGCUGAUGGAGAGAUGUCCUGCUGUAACAUCGACUGGGUCCUUCAGUACUCUGCAACGAAUCCCAUUAGGUGCCAUGGACUUGAGAACAUUCCUCUGAUACAGCUGGUCCCUGAUAAUUUCAGUGUCCACUGAUGGAAAGUCACUGUUCGUUCACUCGCGGCCCUCUGUUUCAGUGGACCGGGCAGCCCAGCAUCAAUCUGUAUUGUUAAACUUCGGGUCAAGAAAAGCAUUGAAUGCCUCCUCUUCUUCUUCAUCCUUGUCGGUCAGGUGAGCAUCUUCAACAAGUGUCAGUCUAAUGUUUUCUUUAGACCUCCACUUCCUAUUAACAUCCUUGUAGACUGUAACUGUUCAGAGUUGUGAAAACAUGCUCAUUGCCUUUGGGUGCAUUGUAAGGAAACUGCACAAGUUGCUUCAAAGGACUUUGUCUGAAGGUAGAAUUGAGAUGGACUUGGAAAAAUCCCAUUGACUUUUCUCUGAUCGUUGUUCCUGAGUUCAGAGGCUUCUUGAUGGGAGGGGAAAUCUGUCCCACCAGGAUUUCCUGGGUUUGUGUUAGAGCAUUUGCAUUCUCCUUUCUGCCCUUUCUCCUUCUACUUUGUGAACUGUGUUUGGGCAUUGUCUUACCUCUUCCCCUUAAGAAGGACUGUCACUCCAUGUAUAAUAUUGGAUUCUUUAAAAGAAGGCUGUUUGAAUGUUUGAAUGGCACAGAAUAUUUGGAAACGUGACGUUGUGUUGUGCUGCAGUUAUUAACUGUAAAGCAGGAUACCCUUGAGUGUAAAAAUGUAACAAAGAGAACACCUGAAUGCCUUGUGUGGAGACAGUAGUCUUUGUUGAGUUGUUUGUUGUUU